AUGCCUAUGAAAGACGAACAAUUAGGGAAUUCAAAGCAUUUAGCCAACAUUAGACUCAAUCAAUUAGUUAAACGUCUUAUCAAAAACGCUACAUUGCAACAUUUAUAUCAAGAUUUCAUAACAGAAUAUGAAAAUUUGGACCAUAUGGAAAGGGUCGAUGAUAAUUCAAAACCGGAACUUGAAUAUUACCUCCCCCAUCAUGGAGUAUAUAGACCAGAGAAGUCAAGUACAAAAUUAAGAGUUGUGUUUAAUGCUAGUGCCCCAAGCUCAAAUGGAUUAAGUUUGAAUGAUUUACUUUUAGCGGGAGCAGUCCAAGAAGAUACUUUUGAUAUUCUUGUGAGAUUUAGAAAACAUCAAGUUGCAGUUAUUGUGGAUAUACAAAAAAUGUACCGGCAAAUUUUAGUUGAUGAAUCCCAAAGAGACUUACUUCGAAUCUUAUGGAAGAGAAACCUUAGCGACUCACCUGUGACAUAUAGACUCAAAACGGUGACUUAUGGUACUAAAAGUGCUCCAUUUUUAGCCAUUAGAUGCAUAAAGCAAGUUGCAUAUGACGAAAUGCAUAAAUAUCCUGAAGCUGCCAAAGCUGUCUUGUCAGACUGUUAUGUUGAUGAUGUCAUCUCUGGUUCAUCAAACUUAGACUCAGCAAGGGAAUUGAAAAAUCAGCUUAUACAGCUUUUUCAUAGUUGUGGAAUGACUUUGCACAAAUGGAACUCUAAUUCUCCUGAACUGUUGGAUAGCCCUUCUACAAGCUCUGAGCUUUCAUUCUCCUCCAAAAGUGAUAAUGUGGUUAAAGCUUUAGGUAUUACAUGGAAUUCUCAGAAGGAUGAAUUCAGCUUUAAAGUCUCAAUCAAGGAGAAAUCAUCAUAUACCAAAAGAGACAUUUUAUCGACAAUUGCCAGACUUUAUGAUCCUUUAGGACUGAUUGGUCCGGUAAUCACCAAAGCCAAGAUAUUUUUACAGAAAUUAUGGGUUCAAAAACUGAGUUGGGAUGAACCACUUUUUGCAACUAUUGCUCACGAAUGGCAACAAAUAGUUUCAAAUUUAAAGGCUGUUGAAAACAUAAAAAUUAAUCGUUGCAUCCUCUCCAAUCAUCCAAGCAAGAUUUCACUCAUUGGAUAUGCAGAUGCUUCGGAAGCCGCUUAUGGUGCAGUUGUCUACUUGAUUUGUGUCGAUGAAGAUCACAGCUCGUCAUCUCAUCUACUAGCCAGCAAAUCUCGUGUGGCUCCAUUGAAAACCUUUAUCUAUUCCAAGAUUGGAACUUUGUGCAUGUUUCUGUCCAAUCUGAAAGGUCCAGUGAAGAAAACAGGCCCCAUUAGUAGCACUGAAUAUCAAGAUGCGGAAAUGCACUUGAUAAAAAUGGUUCAGGUAAUAGAAUUUGCAGAGGAGAUUAAAUCACUUCAAGAUCAGAGAGUAAUCAAAAGUCAG